CUAUAUGAUCUCACCCCAAGCAAACGAGAAAACGGACAAUACACGUGGCUUCGAUGAAACAUCACUUGUACAUCAUACGCGGAAUGACGUAAAUGCCCCUGAGGCAAUACAACAGAUCGCUGUGUGCAUGCAGGCUUGUGUUCUGCUGGUGCUCUCUGCCGGUGCGUGUUCUCUGCCACCAUAUUAGCAGGUCGAGAGGGGGAGGGAGAGCGGGGAGGCGAGUAGCUGCGGCCGGCAAUGGAGGUGGAGGCGUCGGACAGCGGCGGGGCCGGCGAUGGAGCCGCGGCGGCCGGCGGUGGAGGCGGCCGGUCGUGGACGUGCCCGGCCAGCAGAGCAGGUGGAGAGGAGAGGGGAGAGCAUGGAGGCAGCAGCUACGGCCGGCGAUUGAGGCGGCGGUGCCGGGCGAUGGAGCCACGGCGGCCGGUGAUGGAGGCUCCUGGCGGCGGUGCCGGGCGGCGACGGGGCCCGGUAAUGGAGGUGGAGAGGGGGAGGAGCAUGGGGAGGCGAGCAGGUGGGGCCGGCGGCGGCGCUGGGCCGGCGACCGGCGUUCUCCAGCGACGAGCUCGAUCUGUUUGCUUGAGGGAGAGAGAGCACAACGGGAGGGACAUAGACGUGCAUGGAGGGUGCCCUUUCUGUGACCGUUACGCAGAUAGGUGGAUAUGCAAGAACAACUACAGCCACAGCAGAGCACAAGAACACAAGAACGGCCAGUAUAUGCAAGUUGGAGAUGGUUAAUGUCCAACUUCCUAUGGAAAAAAAAACUAAAGACCAGUUCAAAACUAGCCACAAUUAUGAUUACAAUGGCGGUGGUGUAAUUAUAUAGGUAAUUGA